AAGAAGACUAGAUAUGGAUAUAAAACGGCUUAGGAAAUAUAUUAACGUACCAGAAAGGAAGAAAAUGAGAGAAAUCAGAAAGGAAGGUAAAUAUAAAAGGCUCGAGGAAAAAUAUAAAAUAAGAACAAAGGGGUUACCAACAGUGGCUGAGUAGCUUAAGCAGAGGGUACUAGCGAAAAUAGCGAAGGUAAAGAGGUAUGAACAGAGGGUGAAACAAUAUAGACAGAAUAGAAUGUUUCAGAGUGACCAAAAAAGGUUUUAUGUGGAAAUAAACAAUUGUCAGCAAAGUAAAGUUGGUAAAGUGAUACCAGAUACGGAUGAAAGUAUAAAGUUCUGGAGCGAAAUAUGGGACAAUGGAAUUGAACAUAAUAAGGAUUCAGAAUGGCUACAUUAAAUGAAACAGGGAAUCGGAUAUUUGAACCAAAACGAUUUGAAGAUAAAUAAGGAAGAUAUUACAAAGCAGUGUAAGAAGAUCCCCAAUUGGAAAGCGCCAGGACUAGAUGGAGUACAGGGUUACUGGAUAAAGAAAAUUACUUCUUGUCAUCAAAGGAUUGCAGAACAGUUAGAUGAGAUUUUAAAUGGUAAGGCUGAACUACCUCAAUGGAUCACAUUUGGUAGGACAGUGUUGUGCUUAAAAGACCCAUCAAGGGGUAAUGCAGUUGAUAACUUUCGACCCAUAUCUUGCUUACCAUUGAUGUGGAAAUUGAUGACAGGUGUGAUUGCCGAAAGUAUGUACACUUUUCUGGAGAUGAAUGAUGUACUACCGAAUGAACAAAAAGGAUGUAGAAGAAAGACUAGAGGAACAAAAGACCAAUUGUUAAUUGAUAAGUUAGUUUUAAGAGAUUGUAAAAGAAGACAUACAUAUUUAUCGAUGGCCUGGAUAGACUAUCGCAAGGCAUAUGAUAUGGUACCUCAUUCCUGA